UUUGUGCAGUGGUGGCAGUCCCGCCCAGAGCCGGGAGUGUGAGGCACCGCUAGCGCUUUAUCCGCGGGUUCGCCGGCCCCGGGCCGCAGCGCCGUACGGGUUAAGUAUCCUUCCACCUGUUGGUGCCUGACAGGCAGCUCUGUGUAGGGAACGCUCUCCGCCUCCCUCUGUGUAACAUUCCCAGACUAGCGGGGGAAAUAUAAGGGGCUGCGCCUCUUACGCCGGCUUUUGGCCUUUCUACGGGACUCCCAGGGAAACUAUGGCCACGUCUACCCCCAGCAGAGCCCGGGAACAUGCCUCUGCAGCCCCGUCUCCCGGUAGCCCGACGCGCAUCAGUCGGAUGCAGGAGAAGGAGGACUUGCGGCACCUCAAUGACCGGCUGGCCGCGUACAUCGAGCGUGUGCGGUCUCUGGAGGCCGACAAGUCGCUGCUGAAGAUCCAGCUGGAGGAGAAAGAAGAGGUUACCAGCCGGGAAGUGACCAACCUCAGGCUGCUCUAUGAAACCGAGUUAGCCGAUGCCCGCAAGCUGCUGGACCAAACGGCCAACGAGAGGGCACGGCUGCAGGUUGAACUGGGCAAGGUUCGGGAGGACUACCGGCAACUACAGGCCAGAAAUAGCAAAAAGGAAACAGACCUAAGUCUGGCCCAGAAUCUGCUCAGGGACUUGGAAAGUAAACUAAACACCAAAGAAGCCGACCUUGCAACUGCAUUGAGUGGCAAAAGAGGUUUAGAAGAGCAGCUUCAAGAGCAGAGAGCCCAGAUCGCUGGUCUUGAAUCCUCUUUAAGGGAUACAACCAAACAGCUUCAUGAUGAAAUGCUAUGGAGGGUCGACUUGGAGAAUAAAAUGCAGACUAUUAAAGAACAGCUGGAUUUCCAAAGGAAUAUUCAUGAGCAGGAGGUUAAAGAGAUGAGGAAGCGCCAUGAUACAAGGAUAGUAGAAAUAGAUUCGGGUCGGAGGAUAGAAUUUGAAAGCAAGCUAGCAGAGGCUCUUCAGGAACUAAGGAGAGACCACGAGCAGCAAAUCUCUGACUACAAGGAACAACUGGAGAGGAAUUUCAGUGCAAAGUUAGAGAAUGCACAGCUUGCGGCUGCUAAGAACAGUGAUUAUGCCAGUGCAACCCGGGAAGAGAUUAUGGCCACCAAACUAAGGGUGGAUACUUUAUCAUCUCAGCUGAGCCAGUAUCAAAAACAGAAUUCAGCGCUGGAGGCUAAAGUGCGAGAAUUGCAGGACAUGCUGGAUCGUGCACAUGACAUGCACAGGAGGCAAAUGACCGAAAAGGAUCGAGAGGUGACAGAAAUAAGGCAAACACUACAGGCCCAGCUGGAAGAAUAUGAACAGUUGCUGGAUGUGAAGCUGGCCUUAGAUAUGGAGAUAAAUGCCUACAGGAAGAUGCUAGAAGGAGAGGAGCAGAGGCUAAAGCUGUCACCAAGCCCAUCUCAAAGAAGUACAGUUUCCCGAGCUUCUACAAGUCAAUCAAGCCGCCUUUCACGUGGGAAAAAGAGAAAGUUAGAAGAGACUGGCAGAUCAGUGACCAAAAGAGCCUACAAGGUUGUUCAGGAGGCCUCCUCCACAGGGCCAGUGUCUGUAGAAGAUAUUGACCCAGAAGGGAACUAUGUCAGGCUGCUGAACAACACAGAAGAGGAUCAUUCUCUGCAUGGAUGGGUAGUUAGGAGAAAGCAUGGAAGCCUUCCAGAAAUUGCAUAUAAACUUCCAUGUCGUUUUGUUCUGAAAUCCGAACAACGUGUCACUAUCUGGGCUGCAGGAGCUGGUGCUGUACACAGUCCUCCCACUGAUUUGGUCUGGAAGUCUCAUAAGAAUUGGGGAACAGGAGAUAUUAAAAUUAUUCUCCUUGAUUCCAGUGGUGAAGAAUGUGCUGAACGAACCAUUUAUAGAGUCAUCGGAGAAGAGGGUGAAACUGAUGAAGAUUUCGCAGAGGAAGAGGAAUUAGAGCGUCAGUUCCGUUCCCAGUCUCACCAAUCGGUGGAUCCCAGCUGUUCCAUCAUGUAAUUUAGAGCUGGGAAAGUUGAAGGAAAAUCUGGUGGAGUUUUUCUAAAUCUCCCUAUUCUGCUGGAAUAUUUGGAAUGUGUUUGAUGUUCUAACGUUUGAUCUUCUUGCUGUUCACCUGAGAACAUUUUGGUGGGCAUUUCUUUCCCUUGGAGCCUGCGGACUUGAGAACUGACAAAGGAAAUAACGUGCAUUUCAUUGCAAGACUGUAGAAACCCGUACAAUGUGCACAUACUUACAAUUAAUGUUUCUGUGAAAGCUACUGGCUUGGUGCUUCCCAUGUGAAUGGGGCAAAGAAUAUUUGUUUCUAAAACACAAUGUAACUUCUGAAAAUGCUCCCGCCCUUCAUCCUUUUCCAGAUAUUGAACUACAACUUUCAAAACCCCCAACUGUGUUUAGACUUUGAUUGGAUGUUGGGAGUUGUAGAUCAAGAUCUGGCAGGCUGCUGGUUGCCCAUGCAUUGCUGUAGCUCUCUCUGGCCUUUCGCCUUUAUGCAAAUUCUCUGACUAGGGCUUAUGCAUAUUAAAUACAUGCUGUCUGCCACUGUCAGCAGCCAUUCAGCAUGUGGCCUUAAUGUGUGUGCUUGCCAGAUGCAUAACAUGGCAACCCAGCUUCAAGCUUGAACAAGUGAAUAUUGCUGGUAUUUCUACAAGUGUAAGAGCAAUGUUUUGCCUGUGAUCAUGUGCCAUGUUUAAUACAGUCUUUAAUGCAAGAGGGCUAAAUGAAAGCUAUCUGGACCCCUAACUUGCUAUAAAUCCUGAUCAUGUAGUCACAUUGCAUAUUCUGUGAAGGCAAGGAAAGUUUACUGUAUAGCUAUAGAUGUGACAAAGUUCUUUCCUUUAAGAACAGCUUUAUUUAAGCUAUAGCAUACCUUCACCUCUGACACUGUUCAGGGCAGACCGAGCGGUGGCAAAUGAUCACAUUAUCAAGGCAACAAGUUUCUGCAGUUCCCAGCCAGGUCACUCAGGUCUGCCCUUAAUCAAACUAGACCUGAUAAUGUCCCACAGCACUUCUGCCAUCAGACCAGAGUUGUGCUGUGGUGUCUCUGUCAUCCAGCUGUGCAACCCUCAUUGUACACUAUUUGAUUCCAUUCUUACACCCCUUGGGGUUAAUACAAAGACCCAUAGGUUUGCAGCACACUAAUUCACUCCUCUCAAUGUAAGCUUCUAUUUUUAGAUACAUUUUCUGUUAUUAACGAUUUAAAAAGGAAAAGUAAACAUUUAUUUUAUAUACUUUGUAAGCUUAUAAAAAACACACAACUUAAUACUUUUGUAAACUACAGAGUGUGUUCCCACAGACUGUUGUGAGUGAGCUCACUGGCAGCUGUUGUUUGCCUUAUAGUGUUCAUGUAGCAUGUGUUUGUGUUGCUGUGAUCAUUUCAUGGUUUUAUGUGCACUUAGUAAGAAUUAUUAGAUACAAAAAGGGGCAAUUCUAAUGCCAGAGCCAUGAUUUGCAUGUUGUGACUGAGCUAUUAAAUUGCACCCCAAAGCAUUCCCUUAUGGAUAUUGACUCUUAUUGGUUCCUGAGCGUUGUAGUUUAGCAAUAGCUGCAGAGCCAGUUCAAAGGUUAGUGUGAAAAAGUGGUAUAUUGAAGGAAAAUAUAGGUGGGUAAAAAGUUACCAAUCUUGCGGUUUGUUAUAAAAAUAGGCAUCCUCUUGCGAUACCCUGACCUUUUGGUUUGGGUGUGGGGGUGGUACAUAGUUGCUAUAGUUUCAACCAGUGUUUGCAGUAGGUAAAUUUUUUUUUUAGUUCUAAGCUGGAGGCUGUGCCAGUGCUAGAGUGGGAAGGGGGUUCUUAUUUACUCCUUGGGGAAAAUGGCUCCAAUAAACAAUUGCUAAGUUCAGUUUCCUUUGCCCCUAGCUGGACUGAUUAAAGCUAAAGCCUGUAAGAAUGAUUGCCUUUUAAUGGUUUUUAUGGCAUUUGUCUACUGUACCGAUUCCCACAGCAGUCAGCCCUAUGUAUCUUAAAGACAGAGCAUUCUAAACACCUUUACUUACUGUCCAGCUCAGCUCCUCCUAUAUUACUGGAUUGCAGCUCUUGGGACAGUGCCUGCCCUGAACUACAUAGUACUGGUAUACUUUUGCUCUGUACAUGCUGUGUUCACGGAAAGCACAUUAACUGCUUAAAGUCCAGAAGCUGUAGGAUGAGGGCCAAAAGCCAAAAAAUCUAUUACAACAUAUAAAUAAUAUAAUAAUAAUAAAUAUAACACAACUAUCCAGGUUCCAUCCUAACAAAUUGCUUUCCCUAGAAGAGCAUGGUGCUGGCCAUUCCCUGCAUGGCUAACCAGCAGUAACCUCUCCUGCGUGUGGUCCCUGUGCUCCAACAUUUAGUUAAGGUUCUGUUCACAGGGCUUUUCCCCUCUACUGCAGAUAUCAACUGAAAUCCUGGGGACUAGCCGGCUAUAAGAAUAAUAAGCACAUGGAGCACAUAUAACUGUAUUGUUCAGUCAUGACUUGGGGGGGUUACCAUACAACUAGGAUAUCUAGCACACAGCCUCCAGCAUAUGGGUACAAUGUCUAGCACAGUAGUAACUGGAAAUAUUUCUUGGUUCUAUGCCCCAAAAAAAGCUGAAUAUAGUUUGACCAUCUCCAGUGUAAUGGUAAAAUAUCAUAGGCCAAGCCCAUAUAAAUGUGUUAGAAAAAGUCUUUUAUUUAUACUGUGAGUCAAUGUUCUAUAUUAAGAUGUGCACGGUAGCCACAACAGACCAAUGUGAAGCCUAUUUUGUUUGUUAUUUUAUAUCUAUGAAUAAAGAGAUUUUCUAUAAAAUAA